AUUUCCUUCUUACGUCACUUCCGCCUUUCACUAAUGUAGGCUGCCUUUUCAACGCCAAGGUUAGCACCAUUUAGUGAUUAACCGUUUGAAAUUAAAUAGAUCCAAAGAUUUCAAAUUAUCGUUUACCAACGUAGAUCUAUAUACAUCAGUUGAGAUGUUAGUUUAAAUCCCGUGAGAAUUAUGAAACGCAAAUUAAAAAAUAACAGAAAUUUACUGAAGAAGACUGCUCAAGACACUGAAGAUCGACCAAUUGAUUUCACUCUUGUUGGCAGAGCUCUGGGCAAGAUGCUUAUAAAGAAAGGCAUGAGUCUAUUGGGCUGGAAUUCGUCACAGGAAACAGUGGCAUCAAAUCAAACAGAAAACGAGAACCAUUCCGAUGUUCCACCUGAUCCACAUCCACAUCCAGAUGACCAGCACAAUGCAAUGGAGGAUGAACAUUACUUUAACCACGAAGUUGACGUCAACAUUAAUGCCAUUGAUAACGAAAGGCCACAAAAAUCGCGUGGAUCUGCUUCAAAAAAGACCCAAACCCGACGAGUUAAGAAAACUGGAGCCUUGGACGCUCGAUCAUACUGUAAUGUUAAAAAAACUUGGAAAAAGAAAUCCGUGGAAAAGGGACGUUCUAUUUCCUUGGAAGAUUCUAAAAGAGCCAAGCUGAAGUUGCUGAAAAAGAGAUUGGUCAAGCUGCAGAACGAUGUGCAGGAGAUUUCAAAAUCACUGGAUGAUGAACUUGUUGGAUCGCUGAGCUGUCCAGCACAGAACAUCUCCUCAAGAACAAGGAGUUCUGUAGAACUCCAGUCGGAACAGAAAGACAGUUUGACCGCAGUGGACUCUGCUUCCAAAUCAACAACGGACCGUACUAAUGAGCGCUUUCGAAAGAGGCAAAAGCAGCGAACUCAGCGCAAAACUCUAGACUUGAUCAACAAUUACGAGGCUGGACCAAGUCACGCGGGGCAAUUAGAAACCAAAAAACAUCAGCACAAUAAAACUUUUCAGAAAGGUAAAACUGAAGGACGUCUUCCAAAAACUAAGACAUCGUCCAGUACUUUGUCCCCACGUCUGCCUGCGCUUGUAGGGUCAAAAGACAGCGAAGACUGGCCUUCACUUCCGGGAACUGAUAGACCAAAAUGUCAAAUGAAAGAAGCAGCUAAAGAGAUGAUUAAAAAUAAGCAGAGUGGCUCAUUGACCAAAAUAUGCCGAAAGAGGUGGUCAGACGUUGUGCUUCGCAGGUCAGAAGAAAGUAGUCUAUGUGAUAAAAGUGAAAGAGUGGAUAGUUCUAAGAGAACGUGGGCAUCGGUUGCCUCUCAUGGCACGAACAGAUCUUUGGAGACAUCUAUAGAAGUUUCCAGUCAAAGCAUUCCUGCUACUAACACACGGAAAAAGAAACAUUCUCCCGUUGAAGCUGAGCAUAGUGUAGAAGAUAGAGAAGAUAACAACACAGCUCGAUCUCUGUGUUCAGCUGACGCUGUCAAGAAAAAAACAAAAAAGUCUUCAACAAGCCAAAGUAAAGAAGAGAUGGACCAAACGAAACGCAAAGGCCGAGUAGUUGAAAAGGACAUGUCUGCAGGAUUAUCCAGUGCAAAAAGUUGUCAAGUCAAUCAGUGUUGCAUUGAUAAGAUGCCAGUUGUGUAUACAAAGCCAGUGGGAGCGUACAUAUCGUUAAAUGAUGGAUUGUCGAAGAAAGACACAAACAAAGGUAACAACAGAACUGUGACGCCUAAGACUUGUGUCAAGCCAAAGGCAUGUUGUGGUCGAUCUGUACCUUCUAAAGAAAGCUCAGAUUUGGAUAUAUGUGAUGGUCUCAGUACGUUCUCCUUUGAAUCAAUCUCAGAAAAGAAUGAGGGCACUUGUAAAAGUUUAAGGAAAAAGAAACCAAGAGGCACAGAUGUCUCAGCUCAGAAAACAAGACAUCGAAAAAUAGGAGCAGCUUCAUGUCAAAAAGACAACCACAAGUCAAACCAAGAGGAGGUUGAUCGCAGCAAGCAGAAAAAAGUAUCCACUAAGUAUCGCGCCUUGAUGCGCGGAGAAAGUGGACGUUUAGACGCUAAAGCUAUUACAGAAGUCACUACCAGAGCCCGCAGGAAUGAGACUCUACAAGGCGACAAAGAGUUGAACCGCACUCUGUUGAAAAAGCAGCGGCAGCAGCGCCAACAGACUUCUUACAAUAUGCAGCGAUCACCUCCGAAAAAAGCCAAAGUAUUAGAUCUAAGUCCGGAAGUGAAUGAUGUGUCAUCCCCGGCCAAGAAUCCUCCAGAAAACAGAGACAAGCCUUCCACCUCCAAACAACGUAAAUGCGACCAUAACAAAUCUGAUAAAAGACAUUCUUCAGCUGCUCCGGAUGUGUUCAGACAGAUAAUGCGUGCAGAUGCCCAUAAACCAGUCUAUGCCGAGAGUGCACCUGAACUGAAUAGACAGCCGAAAGGGUUCAUAUUGGAAAUCGAGCCAGCAAACAGUGAUGCGUUGGAUAUGGGAUGGUGGCACGCCUACCUCAGGCAGAAACCUCCUGCACCAGACGGCACGGAGGACGACUUCGAUCAAGAUCUUCACAGAAACUAAUGACACAGUGAUCUCAUUGUCAUGUCAUUGUCAUGUCAGGAAAUGUCACGUCUGUGUGUGUGCAUGUCAUGAGGAAGAAAGUGGUCUGUAUGUGCCAUUCGUAAAAUAGUGAAGGCGAAGUCGUCUGAGUGCCGAAAGCGUAAUAACUAGAAUUGUGCAAUUGACAUCAAGACCAAUGCUGACAUUACUUGUGUGAGAGAAAUGUUUGACUAGACUAAUUAUACGCACAUCGAAUUCAUGCGACAGUCUCAAAGACUUUUUUAAAAAUGUAGAUCUACAUAAUGUUGUCAUUCUGUAUGUAUUAGGCCAUACUAUACGUCUUGAUGUCAUUCUAUGCAUAUUGGUGUCAUACUGUACAUAUCGAUAUACUAAACUUGUGUUUGAUCUCGUUUACAAAUAUCUCAUCGUCUCUUCAGAUUAUAGGCAUAAUAUUAGUACCAUUUUGACCAUACAAACAUUAUUUAUAAAUAUUUAUUACCAUGUAUUAUUUUUAUACAUAAUCAUUUAUGGUAACUGACAGUAUUAAAGAUAAACAUAAAGA